AUGAGUCUGCUAGAUCGGCAGAUUGAGCAGCUGCGGAGGUGCGAGUGCAUUCCCGAACGAGAAGUGAAGGUCCUCUGCGCCAAGGCGAAGGAAAUCCUCGUGGAGGAGAGCAACGUCCAGAGAGUUGACGUCCCUGUCACGAUUUGCGGCGACGUCCACGGUCAGUUUUACGACUUGUUGGAGCUCUUUCGCGUGGGGAACUUCCUUCCAGAGACGAGUUACUUGUUCCUUGGAGACUUUGUCGACCGCGGCUACUUCUCCGUGGAGACCUUUCUCUUUCUCCUCGCCCUAAAAGUUCGCUACCCUGACCGCAUCACGCUCAUCCGCGGCAACCAUGAGUCUCGCCAAAUCACUCAAGUCUACGGCUUCUACGACGAGUGCCUGAGGAAGUACGGCAGCAGCACGGUGUGGAGAUAUUGCACAGAGGUCUUCGAUUACCUCGCCCUCGCGGCCAUCAUCGACGAUCGUCUUUUCGCGCUCCACGGCGGUCUUUCGCCAGCCAUCUCGAGUGUCGACGAGAUCCGGUCAAUCGACCGCAAGCAGGAGGUACCGCACGAAGGGCCCAUGUGCGACUUGCUCUGGAGCGACCCCGAAGACAUGCAGGGCUGGGGGUACAGCCCCAGAGGCGCGGGCUACCUCUUUGGUGCGGACAUUGUCAAGGCAUUCUGCCAUACAAACAACAUCGAAAUCAUCGCCCGCGCCCAUCAGCUCGUUAUGGAUGGAUACAAAUGGUGGUUUGGCAAGAAGCUCGUCACGGUCUGGUCUGCGCCGAACUACUGCUACAGAUGCGGGAACGUGGCUACUGUGAUGGAGCUCGACGAGCACCUAAAUUAUCAGUUCAAGACUUUCGAAGCGGCGCCGCCGGAACGGCGCGGAAUUCCGUCGAAAAAACCUCCUCCCGACUAUUUCUUGUAG